GCCAAGUGCUGUGUGUGCGCGCUGCUCCGCGGACGCAGCGGCUGCGGCCGGGCGGCGAGCUGGCGGCGCGGGUGAGCCAGCGCGGGAGGCCCAUGACAGUUGCUCCGCGAGCGUGAGCGGCGCCGGCAGCGACGCGCGGGACUGAUGAGGGCCCGCAGGGAAUGAAGUAUGGAUGUGAAAGAGCGUAGGCCCUACUGCUCCCUCACCAAGAGCAGGCGGGAGAAGGAGCGGCGGCACACCAACUCCUCCGCGGACAACGAGGAGUGCAGGGUGCCCACGCAGAAGUCCUACAGCUCCAGCGAGACGCUGAAAGCCUUUGAUCACGAUUCCUCCAGGCUGCUCUACGGGAACAGAGUCAAGGACCUGGUUCACCGCGAGGCGGAUGAGUACAGCAGGCAAGGACAGAAUUUCACCCUAAGGCAGUUAGGAGUGUGCGAACCCGCCACUCGAAGAGGCCUGGCAUUUUGUGCGGAGAUGGGGCUGCCCCCCAGAGGGUACUCUCUCAGUGCAGGGUCGGACGCGGACACGGAGAACGAGGCCGUGAUGUCGCCAGAGCACGCCAUGAGACUCUGGGGCCGCGGCGUCAAGUCCGGCCGCAGCUCCUGCUUGUCCAGCCGCUCCAACUCGGCCCUCACCCUGACCGACACGGAGCACGAGAACAAGUCGGACAGCGACAACGAGCAACCUGCCAACAGCCAAGGCCAGCCCACCCUGCAGCCCUUGCCACCUCCCCAUAAGCAGCACUCCGCUCAGCACCACCCAUCCAUCACCUCUCUCAACAGAAACUCCCUGACGAAUAGGAGGAACCAGAGUCCGGCCCCGCCGGCUGCUUUGCCCGCCGAGCUGCAAACCACACCCGAGUCCGUCCAGCUGCAGGGCAGCUGGGUCCUUGGCAGUAAUGCACCACUGGAGAGCAGGCAUUUCCUAUUCAAAACCGGGACAGGGACCACGCCGCUGUUCAGCACCGCGACCCCAGGGUACACGAUGGCUUCUGGCUCUGUCUACUCGCCGCCCACUCGGCCGCUACCUAGAAACACCCUGUCGAGAAGCGCUUUCAAGUUCAAGAAGUCUUCGAAGUACUGCAGCUGGAAGUGCACGGCGCUGUGUGCCGUAGGCGUCUCCGUGCUGCUGGCCGUGCUCCUGUCCUACUUCAUAGCAAUGCACCUAUUUGGCCUCAACUGGCAGUUGCAGCAGACGGAAAAUGACACGUUCGAGAACGGGAAAGUGAAUUCGGACACCAUGCCAACGAACACUGUGUCACUGCCUUCUGGCGACAACGGAAAAUUAAGUGGAUUUACACAAGAAAAUAACACCAUAGAUUCCGGAGAACUUGAUAUUGGCCGAAGAGCAAUUCAAGAGGUUCCUCCCGGGGUCUUCUGGAGAUCACAGCUCUUUAUCGAUCAGCCACAGUUUCUUAAAUUCAAUAUCUCUCUUCAGAAGGAUGCAUUGAUCGGAGUGUACGGCCGAAAAGGGCUACCGCCUUCCCACACGCAGUACGACUUCGUCGAGCUCCUGGACGGCAGCAGGUUGAUCGCCAGGGAGCAGCGGAACCUUCUGGAGUCGGAAAGAGCCGGGCGGCAGGCGCGGUCCGUCAGCCUCCACGAGGCCGGCUUCAUCCAGUACUUGGACUCCGGAAUCUGGCACCUGGCUUUUUACAACGACGGGAAAAAUGCGGAGCAGGUGUCUUUCAACACCAUCGUCAUAGAGUCUGUGGUGGAGUGCCCCCGGAAUUGCCAUGGAAAUGGAGAGUGUGUUUCUGGAACUUGCCAUUGUUUUCCGGGAUUCCUGGGUCCAGAUUGUUCGAGAGCCGCCUGUCCGGUCCUGUGCAGCGGCAACGGGCAGUACUCGAAGGGGCGCUGCCUGUGCUUCAGCGGCUGGAAGGGCACGGAGUGCGACGUGCCGGCCACGCAGUGCGUCGACCCGCAGUGCGGGGGCCGGGGCAUCUGCAUCAUGGGCUCUUGCGCGUGCAACUCGGGGUUCAAAGGAGAGAACUGUGAAGAAGCUGACUGCCUGGACCCCGGCUGUUCGAACCACGGGGUGUGCAUCCACGGGGAAUGCCACUGCAGCCCAGGCUGGGGCGGCAGCAACUGCGAAAUCCUGAAGACCAUGUGUCCGGACCAGUGCUCUGGCCACGGGACGUACCUUCAGGAAAGCGGCUCCUGCACUUGUGACCCUAACUGGACUGGCCCGGACUGCUCCAAUGAGAUAUGCUCCGUGGACUGCGGCUCGCACGGCGUGUGCAUGGGCGGCACAUGCCGCUGCGAGGAGGGCUGGACCGGCCCGGCGUGCAGCCAGAGAGCCUGCCACCCGCGCUGUGCGGAGCACGGGACGUGCAAGGACGGCAAGUGCGAAUGCAGCCAGGGCUGGAACGGCGAGCACUGCACCAUCGAGGGCUGCCCGGGUCUGUGCAACAGCAACGGCAGGUGCACGCUGGACCAGAACGGCUGGCACUGCGUCUGCCAGCCGGGGUGGAGAGGAGCGGGCUGCGACGUGGCCAUGGAGACCCUGUGCACGGACAGCAAGGACAACGAAGGAGAUGGACUCGUCGACUGCAUGGACCCUGAUUGCUGUUUACAGAGCUCCUGCCAGAAUCAGCCCUACUGCCGUGGACUGCCCGACCCGCAGGACAUAAUUAGCCAAAGCCUACAAUCCCCGUCUCAGCAAGCUGCCAAAUCCUUCUACGACCGAAUCAGCUUUCUUAUAGGAUCCGAUAGCACCCACGUUAUACCCGGAGAGAGUCCUUUCAAUAAGAGCCUCGCGUCCGUCGUCAGAGGCCAAGUACUCACUGCUGAUGGGACCCCGCUCAUCGGGGUCAAUGUCUCCUUUUUCCAUUACCCAGAGUACGGGUACACCAUCACCCGACAGGAUGGCAUGUUUGACCUGGUGGCGAACGGUGGGGCCUCUCUAACCCUGGUGUUCGAACGGUCCCCGUUCCUCACGCAGUAUCACACUGUGUGGAUCCCCUGGAACGUCUUUUAUGUGAUGGACACUCUCGUCAUGAAGAAAGAAGAGAACGACAUCCCCAGCUGUGAUCUGAGCGGGUUCGUGAGGCCGAAUCCUAUCAUCGUGUCAUCGCCGUUGUCCACCUUCUUCAGAUCCUCCCCGGAAGACAGCCCCAUCAUCCCUGAAACACAGGUGCUGCACGAAGAGACCACCAUCCCAGGGACAGACUUGAAACUCUCCUACUUGAGCUCCAGAGCCGCCGGGUACAAGUCCGUCCUCAAGAUCACCAUGACCCAGGCCGUCAUACCGUUUAACCUGAUGAAGGUCCACCUCAUGGUGGCUGUGGUAGGGAGACUCUUUCAAAAGUGGUUUCCCGCCUCGCCGAACUUGGCCUAUACGUUCAUCUGGGAUAAAACAGAUGCAUAUAAUCAGAAGGUCUACGGUCUAUCCGAAGCUGUUGUGUCAGUUGGGUACGAGUACGAGUCCUGCCUGGACCUGACGCUGUGGGAGAAGCGGACCGCCGUCCUGCAAGGCUAUGAGCUAGAUGCGUCCAACAUGGGCGGGUGGACGUUGGAUAAGCAUCACGUGCUGGACGUUCAGAACGGCAUACUGUACAAGGGAAACGGGGAGAACCAGUUUAUCUCCCAGCAGCCCCCGGUGGUCAGCAGCAUCAUGGGCAACGGACGGAGGCGCAGCAUCUCGUGCCCAAGUUGCAACGGCCAAGCGGAUGGUAACAAACUCUUGGCCCCGGUGGCGUUAGCGUGUGGGAUCGAUGGCAGCCUGUACGUGGGGGAUUUCAACUACGUUCGCCGGAUAUUCCCCUCCGGAAACGUCACGAGUGUUUUAGAACUAAGAAAUAAAGAUUUUAGACAUAGCAGCAACCCAGCCCACCGAUACUACCUCGCCACCGACCCGGUCACAGGAGACUUGUACGUGUCGGACACCAACACCCGCAGGAUUUACCGCCCCAAGUCGCUGACGGGGGCGAAAGACCUGACCAAAAACGCCGAAGUCGUGGCCGGGACAGGGGAGCAGUGCCUCCCGUUCGACGAAGCCAGAUGCGGGGACGGGGGGAAGGCUGUGGAGGCGACACUCAUGAGUCCCAAAGGAAUGGCGAUUGAUAAAAACGGGUUGAUCUACUUUGUGGAUGGAACCAUGAUCAGAAAAGUCGAUCAAAACGGAAUCAUCUCGACGCUCCUGGGCUCUAACGACCUGACGUCAGCCAGACCUUUAACCUGCGACACGAGCAUGCACAUCAGCCAGGUGCGUCUGGAGUGGCCCACUGACCUCGCCAUCAACCCCAUGGACAACUCCAUCUACGUGCUGGACAACAACGUGGUGCUGCAGAUCACCGAGAACCGGCAGGUGCGCAUCGCCGCCGGGCGGCCCAUGCACUGCCAGGUGCCGGGCGUGGAGUACUCCGUGGGGAAGCACGCGGUGCAGACGACGCUGGAGUCGGCCACCGCCAUCGCCGUGUCCUACAGCGGGGUCCUGUACAUCACGGAGACCGAUGAGAAGAAAAUUAACCGCAUCAGGCAGGUCACGACGGACGGGGAGAUCUCCUUGGUCGCCGGCAUACCUUCCGAGUGUGACUGCAAGAACGAUGCCAACUGCGACUGUUACCAGAGCGGCGACGGCUACGCCAAAGACGCCAAGCUCAGUGCGCCCUCGUCGCUGGCGGCGUCUCCCGACGGCACCCUGUACAUCGCGGAUCUAGGAAACAUUCGCAUCCGGGCCGUGUCCAAGAACAAGCCUUUCCUGAACUCCAUGAACUUCUACGAAGUCGCCUCUCCCACCGAUCAGGAACUCUACAUCUUCGACAUCAACGGCACCCACCAGUACACCCUGAGCCUGGUCACGGGCGACUACCUGUACAACUUCAGCUACAGCAAUGACAACGACAUCACCGCGGUGACCGACAGCAACGGCAACACCCUCAGAAUCAGGCGGGACCCGAAUCGGAUGCCCGUGCGAGUGGUGUCCCCCGACAACCAGGUGAUCUGGCUGACCAUCGGGACCAACGGCUGCCUGAAGAGCAUGACCGCGCAGGGGCUGGAGUUGGUGCUGUUCACCUACCACGGCAACAGCGGCCUCCUGGCCACCAAGAGCGACGAGACCGGGUGGACGACGUUUUUUGACUACGACAGCGAAGGCCGCCUGACAAACGUCACCUUUCCAACGGGGGUGGUCACGAACCUUCACGGCGACAUGGACAAGGCCAUCACAGUGGACCUCGAGUCAUCCAGCCGAGAGGAGGACGUCAGCAUCACUUCCAAUCUGUCCUCGAUCGAUUCCUUCUACACCAUGGUUCAAGACCAGCUGAGGAGCAGCUUCCAGAUCGGCUACGACGGCUCCCUGCGCGUCAUCUACGCCAGCGGCCUGGACUCGCACUACCAGACCGAGCCGCACGUGCUGGCCGGCACGGCCAACCCCACCGUCGCCAAGAGGAACAUGACGCUCCCCGGGGAGAACGGCCAGAACCUGGUGGAGUGGAGAUUCCGGAAAGAGCAGGCCCAAGGGAAGGUCAACGUCUUCGGUCGGAAGCUCCGGGUUAACGGCAGGAACCUCCUGUCCGUGGACUUUGAUCGGACGACGAAGACGGAGAAGAUCUACGACGACCACCGUAAGUUUCUGCUGAGGAUCGCCUACGACACGUCGGGGCACCCGACCCUCUGGCUGCCGAGCAGCAAGCUGAUGGCCGUCAACGUCACCUACUCGUCCACGGGCCAGAUCGCCAGCAUCCAGCGGGGCACGACCAGCGAGAAAGUAGAUUACGACGGGCAGGGGAGGGUCGUGUCGAGGGUCUUCGCUGACGGUAAAACGUGGAGCUACACGUACUUGGAAAAGUCCAUGGUCCUGCUGCUGCACAGCCAGAGGCAGUACAUCUUCGAGUACGACAUGUGGGACCGGCUGUCGGCCAUCACCAUGCCCAGCGUGGCCCGCCACACCAUGCAGACCAUCCGCUCCAUCGGCUACUACCGCAACAUAUACAACCCCCCCGAGAGCAACGCCUCAGUCAUCACCGACUACAACGAGGAGGGGCUGCUCCUGCAAACGGCGUUCCUGGGCACGAGUCGGAGGGUCCUGUUCAAGUACAGAAGGCAGACCAGGCUCUCGGAGAUUUUGUACGAUAGCACCCGAGUCAGCUUCACCUAUGACGAAACAGCGGGAGUCCUGAAAACAGUGAACCUCCAGAGCGAUGGUUUCAUUUGCACCAUUAGGUACAGGCAGAUCGGCCCCCUGAUCGACAGGCAGAUCUUCCGCUUCAGCGAGGACGGGAUGGUCAAUGCGCGGUUUGACUACAGCUACGACAACAGCUUUCGCGUGACCAGCAUGCAGGGUGUCAUCAAUGAAACGCCACUGCCCAUUGAUCUCUAUCAGUUCGAUGACAUUUCCGGCAAAGUGGAGCAGUUUGGGAAGUUUGGGGUUAUCUACUACGACAUUAACCAGAUCAUUUCCACCGCGGUCAUGACGUACACGAAGCACUUCGACGCUCACGGCCGCAUCAAGGAGAUCCAGUACGAGAUCUUCAGGUCGCUCAUGUACUGGAUUACAAUCCAAUACGACAACAUGGGCCGGGUGACCAAGAGAGAGAUCAAGAUCGGGCCCUUCGCCAACACGACCAAGUACGCGUACGAGUACGACGUGGACGGGCAGCUGCAGACGGUCUACCUGAACGAGAAGAUCAUGUGGCGCUACAACUACGACCUGAACGGGAACCUGCACCUGCUGAACCCCAGCAGCAGCGCCCGCCUCACCCCUCUCCGCUACGACCUGCGGGACCGGAUCACCCGGCUGGGCGACGUGCAGUACCGGCUGGACGAGGACGGCUUCCUGCGCCAGCGGGGCACCGAGAUCUUCGAGUACAGCUCCAAGGGGCUCCUCACGCGCGUGUACAGCAAGGGCAGCGGCUGGACGGUGAUCUACCGCUACGACGGCCUGGGGAGGCGCGUCUCCAGCAAGACCAGCCUGGGGCAGCACCUGCAGUUCUUCUACGCCGACCUCACGUACCCCACGAGGAUCACGCACGUCUACAACCACUCGAGUUCGGAAAUCACCUCCCUCUACUACGACCUCCAGGGGCACCUCUUUGCCAUGGAGAUCAGCAGCGGGGACGAGUUCUACAUCGCGUCGGACAACACGGGGACCCCGCUGGCCGUCUUCAGCAGCAACGGGCUAAUGCUGAAGCAGAUCCAGUACACCGCGUACGGCGAAAUCUACUUCGACUCCAACGUGGACUUCCAGCUGGUCAUCGGGUUCCACGGGGGCCUGUACGACCCGCUCACGAAACUAAUCCACUUCGGGGAGAGAGAUUACGACAUUCUGGCAGGGCGGUGGACCACGCCGGACAUAGAGAUCUGGAGGAGAAUCGGGAAGGACCCAGCUCCUUUCAACCUGUACAUGUUCAGGAAUAACAACCCUGCGAGCAAAAUCCACGAUGUGAAAGACUACAUCACAGAUGUUAACAGCUGGCUGGUGACAUUUGGCUUCCAUCUGCACAAUGCUAUUCCUGGAUUCCCGGUUCCCAAAUUUGAUUUAACGGAGCCUUCUUAUGAACUUGUGAAGAGUCAGCAGUGGGAUGAUAUACCGCCCAUUUUCGGAGUUCAGCAGCAAGUGGCGAGGCAGGCCAAGGCCUUCCUGUCCCUGGGGAAGAUGGCAGAGGUGCAGGUGAACCGGCGCAAGGGUGGCGGCGCGCAGUCGUGGCUGUGGUUCGCCACGGUCAAGUCGCUGAUCGGCAAGGGCGUCAUGCUGGCGGUCAGCCAGGGCCACGUGCAGACCAACGUGCUCAACAUCGCCAACGAGGACUGCAUCAAGGUGGCGGCGGUGCUCAACAACGCCUUCUACCUGGAGAACCUGCACUUCACCAUCGAGGGCAAGGACACGCACUACUUCAUCAAGACCAGCACGCCCGAGAGCGACCUGGGCACGCUGCGGUUGACGAGCGGCCGCAAGGCCCUGGAGAACGGCAUCAACGUGACCGUGUCGCAGUCCACGACCGUGGUCAACGGCAGGACGCGCAGGUUCGCCGACGUGGAGAUGCAGUUCGGGGCGCUGGCGCUGCACGUGCGCUACGGCAUGACGCUGGACGAGGAGAAGGCGCGCAUCCUGGAGCAGGCGCGGCAGCGCGCGCUCGCCCGCGCCUGGGCGCGCGAGCAGCAGCGCGUGCGCGACGGCGAGGAGGGCGCGCGCCUCUGGACGGAGGGCGAGAAGCGGCAGCUGCUGAGCGCGGGCAAGGUGCAGGGCUACGACGGCUACUACGUGCUGUCGGUGGAGCAGUACCCCGAGCUGGCCGACAGCGCCAACAACAUCCAGUUCCUGCGGCAGAGCGAGAUCGGCAAGAGGUAACCCCGCCCCCUCGGGGACGGGGACAGCGGCGGGCGCCGCCGCGGCCCGCGAGCCGAACCCCACUUUGCUCAGAUCUGUCUGUAGCACAAUCCGUCUGGGACUCUCCGACACGGAAGAGCCUUCUGCGAGAAUGAUACCGCUAUUUUAGAAAGAAAAUCCACGGAAGAAAGAACAAAAACAGAACUCCUUUUCUGAAUGACCUUAAAGGUGAUCGGCUUUAAAGAAUAUGUUUACAUAUGCAUAUCGCUGCACUCAGUUGGACUGAAGGUACUAAUAAAAGGAACAAAUAAUAAAAAGAAAGAAAAAAAAGGCCUAAUCGUUUGCCCUGGGCCUUCUGUCCCUUUGGGGCACUGUAUUUAACGAGGGUAAAGAUGCCUCCGGUUCCAAAUAUUACCGAAUUGUCGACCUUUGCUUACAAAGAAGUAGUGUCUGCAUAGGAUGUGAUAUAUAGCUCUGUUCAUUUUGCAAUGUGGGGCGAAAUUACAGUUUAGAGACGACCCAACUGCUUUCCCUGUGCUGCUUUGUAAAAGGACACGGGCACAAGUGACUUCUCCAAGGGGAAAUCGUAAUGCAUUUUACGAUGCUGUCGUGGUUUGCCGGGGGUGGGGAGGGGGUGGAAAACUGGCAGAUACAACCCUUGUCACUGAUAAGCAAAGGAACCCCUGAUUUUUUUGUAAAUUAUGUGAGACAAGUUGUUUAUGGAUUUUUAUAUGAAUUACAAUUUACUGUACAUCAAAUAUUAGUCUCAGAGGAGUUAAUUUAUGUAAAGUGUUUAAAAAGUUUAUACUUAAAAAUAAAAUGAUAAAAACAUGUGAGCUGUGUGAUUUUUUUAAAGGAUUGCACCUUUUGUUACCUGUUAUAGCUGUACAGUAUAAAUUAUUAUAUUGUAGAGAUAUAACGACUUAUGCCUAUAAUGUCCAGAAGUGUUAAUAUUUUUGUAUUAGGUUGAGAAAUGUGCAGCUUUCUAUCGCUAAAUGGAUAGACAGUGCAAUCCUAAGUGGGUGGCUAUCCAGAGAAUUGCCUCUUUCUCUUCCUUCUCUUUCCCAUCAGACCACUGUCCUCAUCAAUAUCAACCAAGAGGCACAGUAGGAAUCUAAGGCUGGUGAAACGUAUUGGGGGCGGGGAGCAGGCAGGGGGCGCUCCAGGUCCCCUCUCCGGGCCCUAGCAGUCAACGGGGAGUUGAUAUAAUUUAACCACAGGGUCUUCACCGUUCCCUGAAGCUCCAUUUCAUGGCAGAGGCGAGAGAUCCCAUCAAAUGCUCGGAGAAACUGGGAAGAAAAGGAUCUCGUGUAGUCGUGACCUCAUGGUCACGUGUCUUAAGAUCUAGGAAAGAUGGCAGAAACCCAGCAGUGGUGAGAGAGCCAAAUGGAGUAGGUCAGGGUCACUCCGCUAGUCUUGGGUUUGGACCCUGGGGUCGCCAAGAGGGACAAAAAGGGGAGAGAUGCUCCUGUGAGCCCACACGCCCCGGCCACCUUGGGAGCUGGUGCGAACGGCAGCCCCUGCUCUGUCGGGGAAGCUGGGGUGGCAGGUCCAGCCGACAGGGAGUUGACAGCGGCGUCCUCCUGCGCAUGCGCGCGCGGGGCCCAGCCCAGACCGCCUACCCUUCCGCGCUGGUUCAGCCGCUCUCGCGAAUCUCUUUCGUGAGCACUCAAUUCAGCCACAAAAAAAUAUUUUUAGAAAAUAUUUCUCAGUUCAUUGAGCUAUAGUACACACUGUUUUCCUCUAUGUAUAAUGGUGACAAAAUAUAGCAAGUGAACAUGUCGUAAAUAUAAAGGUUCAAGUGAUGUAUUGAAAAUAAUUUUCUAACUGCUUUGUAUGUAUCACAUACUCUAAAUUGCACAGUAGGCGUGUUUAUUAAACAGAUUGGCUGGGAAAGUUUCAAGAUAGCUACUGACUUUACAGUAUCAGUGCUAUUACUGUCUUUGUGUAUUUGGUAGAGCAUACCGAAGUAAUUAAUCUUCUAAUGAAUGCUGAUAUUUUAUUAGAAUGAAAGCACAGAUUAGCAUUAAUAUUUUUUAUCCUGGAAGUCCUUUGGCAAGUAUUAGGAAGCCCAAAUUUAGGAAACUACGAGAUUUCAAACCACAUACACAUGGCUCUGUUUUACGUUUUAUUUUUUAACUGUUAACUUAGGUGUCUGCAGUUCUGUCCGAUGGCAUCUCUGCAGGAGUGUAUUUAGCAUGCUGUAAGUACUUUUGGUUGAAAUAGGCUCUGAGUCUCAAUUCUCAGAAAUGUUCCUAAUGUAUUGACUAUGAAAAGCUUGUACCACGUGGCAGAAGUGAAAUCAUAAUCUUACCCUCUUCUUGACAUGGACUGGUCCCUUCCACUGGCCCAGAUACCAGAUUUACAGUAUCUCCUGGUGCUCAUUUUAGAUGAAGUCAAAUCAACCCAAUUAGUGUCUUGUUAGUAGGUCUAAUGAGCCUAUUUCUUUCUAAAAAGACUUGUGAUCCGGACAUGCUUUUACAAGAAAUAGUGACCUUGGGGAAUAUGUAAACAAAAGACCUUUUUUUCUAAGAGUUCGGGGUGUGGGGGAACUGUAUAAUGAAAAGAAUUAGCUUACAAAAAAAAAGAAAUUGAUAUUCAAAGUAUUUUAGGCAAAGCCAGUCAAAAUGCUUUCAUGAUAUUUUGAGAUGUAAAUUUUGUCUGAUUUGUAUUGUUCUUUUCAUUUGCCUUCUUAACUUUAUAUGUGACCUGAAUUUUCCAUAACUUGGUGACUAUAGGUUGCAUCUAGGCAUUCCAAUAAAAGCCAACC